GAGGCGGAACUUCCGGGUGAUGGAAAGUUGUCAACAGUUUCGUUGGAGGAGAAUUAAUCUGUAAAUCUGAGUUCAUUAGUGUCGCUUUAAAGCAAAUCCACUCCUGAACUCAACAAGAGAACCGAAGCUGCGGGAUUUCUGCGACUGAACCGAGAGAUCCGGAGGAGUUGGUGUGACUCGUACUUUAUUAGGGGUGGAUCAGAUGCAAACUGAUGGAGAAUUAACAAACUGUUCGGGUGUGGAUGAUCAAUCUCAAUCAGUCUCCUUGACUCUAAAGGGAUUUUUUUUUUAAAUUCUCUUUCUGAUUUUAUUUUAACGGAAUAUUUUCUCAUCCUCCGGGGAUUUUAGGUGUGGACGCAACAUGUGAGCUGUCUCUAGUGUGUUUAAAUUCACAAAACAUCUACAAUUUGACUUCUUCAUGGGAUUACAGAAUGCCUCUGUCUUAAAUUUGGUCCUAAUUCACAUUUCUAUUGGGCUCAGGUUAAAUCCAGAUCCAGAAAUCUGUCCUGCACAGCUUUCCUCUAUUGUAAUGUUACUUUUUGAUGAUUCUUGUCUUAUAUUGAGCUGAUGCGGGUUAGUUAAGUGUUAGUAAAUGUCUGAUUUUGGGCAGCAACAGUGUUGUGCAAUGCUUCUGUUUCUGUGCGCACGUAUGCGGGUAUUUGCUUAAGGGGAUAGAGGAGCGCGCGUGCAUGUGCUUGUUCUGUGACGUCAUUUCUACUCCGAAUCAGUGGAAUCAAUUCUGAUUCGAAUCAACCCCAUGCAGGCCGAAAUGUAAUAUUUGUAGUUUAUCAGUGUUACUCUUAAAGUUCCUCAGAGUAUUGGUAUCGUUUGAGUUUUAAUGUGCGGGACAGUGGGAGUUUGACACCCAUUUGUAGGCCUAAUUAAAGAUUAAAAGCUUGCACCACCUUUAAAUCAUGUAGACAGAACUGUAACGUGUUUGAUUCUAUGUUUAAUUCGUAAAGUGUUUUGAGCUUUUACACAACGUUUUUAAACUUCCUCCAGGUUUGCAAGCAUGAUAUUUCAUGAUUUUUUGAGUUUCUAUUCAAGGUUUCUAUUUUUCUAUUUCUAUACUCUUAAUGUUGAGUUUCUAUACUCUUAAUGUUGAUGAUUGUUUACACUAGUUCUAAUUUUAAGUUAAAUGCAUGAUCCACUUUUAACUCAAAUCAAACGAGACUGUAAAUCCGCACUUCAUUGUGAUUGAGUUUGACUCUUUGCAGUUGCCACUCUUUAAACUAUUUCAAACUGUUACAAAUAAGUUUUCCACUUGCUCUAGUUUUAAUUUGAGAUGAAACGCAUGGGUUAAUUUCUCAUUUGAAUGUCACAACUGUAACAUUUAAAGUUUUGAAUGUUCGAUUCACGUUUGACAAGCUUCUACUUGCUCUAACUUUAAUCUGAAGUUAAAAGCGUGAUCAUUUCUCAUUUGAAUCAAAUGCACAGCCAGAACUGUUACAUUUAAAGUUGGAUUGCAUCCAAGUUUUACUCCUAAAGUUGUGUGCUUGAUCUUAUCCACUUGCUCCGGUUUUGAUUUUAAGUUUAAAGCGAGAUUGCUUUCUUUUAAUUUGAAUCAAAUGAGCAUUCAGAACUGAAACUCCAGACUCUUUGUUUGAGUUUGACUCUUUUCCAGGUUCUUCUCUUAAAGUUGCAGAGUGUUUUGUCACCAGACGCUAGCAGAAAGUUGAUGGAAACAGAACUUCUUGUUUUUAUAGUUACCAAACUUGUCCUGCAGAACUAAAAAGAAAAAAAAAGAUGUCCUGACACGCUCAGGCUUUAAGCUGCAGGACAUAAUCAUGCAAAACGCCCUAAUCAUGGUGUUUAUUUAGCUAACAUCUUUUGGAAUGGCUGUUUGAUCUUGAAAUAAUCAAAUCUGUGCAUGCAUGGCGAUUAUGAGUCUCUUUUUUGUGUCCUGAGCCGUGAACGCACACACUGCACGCCUGCCAGAGGAAACAGCCAUCAGAGCCGAGACUUGCGCAACCGCUGGGCUGAGAAACUGCUCUUGUUACUGUACUGGCUGUAGUCGAAAUACUCCAAACAGCCGCAGGGAGAAGGACGAGAGACUGCCAAGCUCAAUGGAAUAAAUGUGAUUUAUUUAACUUUUUCGGUUUCGACAGAUUUUACCACGUACCUGUGAGUUCACCUAAGGACAAAAAAUAUGGUUUAUCAGAUCCAGAUCCACCCUAGAGACUGAGUGAACGAAAACCAGCGCUUUGGAAUGGUAAGGAUAUCCGUUUCUUAGAGAGAUUCUUUCGCUCUUUUCUUUCUCAGCCAGAGAAAUAAUGAACAACAAUCGAGCUUUGAGCGCUUAAGGAUAACGUUAUACCACUCGCUAACGCUCAGUCCAAGAAUGAGUGGUGGAAAGAAACGGAGCGGUUUUCAAAUCACCAGUGUUACAUCGGAUUACAAUCAGGGAUCUGGAGAAAACAAUCUGACGGAGUUACUCAGCCCUGGGAGUCAAAGAGCCACGCCCACUUCUGCAAGAGGCCCCGCCCAUGGGCGGAGCCCCAGAAGCCAGACUGCAUCGCCCACUCAGAUUUUACCCAAUGGCCCGUUACUCCGUCAUAGCUCCGCCUUCCAGACGCAACAAAGCUCUAGUCAACCGUCGACGCCCGUCACGACUAGGAAGCAGAAUUCGCUGGACUCGAGCGGGGCGUCGCGGUUUCGCGUGGUGCGUUUGGACCAGGGACCGGGAGAACCGUACAAGCGCGGUCGAUGGACUUGCGUAGAUGUGAUGGAGAGGGAGGUCGAGGAACGAGGCCUCCGCCGCGUGAUUGACAGCAUGAGACACGCCCACUCGCUGGAGUCCUUGGAGACGGUGGGGCUGGGCGGGGGCGGAGUCGAAGGCGCAGUGGGCGGAGCCAGACUGAAGCCGUUGGGGGUGCACACAGGUCACAUGGGACACUCGCAGGGCACCCUGUACUUGCUCAACCAAUGCCGGACAGACUCCACCCAAAGCGGCCCACCUUCCCCAUCACAUGACUCGCAGCCAAUCACGUCGCCACAUCUGCCGAACACGCCCCGGAUACGCAACAUACCCGCUCCACUGCGUCUCGACAUGGAUGCCGUUGGCAAGCUCCGGACCACCCGCUCGCAGCCGGCUUCUCCUGGGCCACACCUGGGUCGAGACAGUCCCUUCCAUCCCGGACUCACGCCCAUCCAGACGCCGUCCGCCUUUGCGCUGGCGCAGUCCAUGUUCGGCAUGGGGCGAGCGUUCGAGCUCGUGGGAGACGACGGUGGAACUAACAGCAGUAUGAUCGCCAUCGAUAACAAGAUAGAGCAAGCCAUGGACCUGGUGAAGUCUCACCUGAUGUUGGCGGUGCGAGAGGAGGUGGAGGUGCUGAGAGAACAGAUUAAAGAGCUGUCGGAGAGAAACGCUCAACUGGAGAGAGAGAACUACAUCCUCCGAGCCCUCAGGGACAGAGACUGAGCCAAACGCAGCACACUGGCCCCAGUGCAUCAUGGGAGAUGUAGUCCGAAGAGUGAAAAGUGCCCAGGAAAAAGGGAAGAAAGCAUGAAAUGACCGGAGGAGGAGAAGCGUGUGCCGUAUUGACCAAUUAGUGCCUUAAACACCAGUAACGACUGAUAGCGCUGCUCACAUGCUCUAAUAAAGAUAAUUACAUAAUGUUGAUUUUUAUGACGCUCUAAACAGUGCCUAUUUAUUACUGUCAGUGUGUGUGUGUGUGUGUGUGUGCUUGUGUGUGCGUGUGUGUUAGUUUUAAAGCACUGCUCACGUCUAGGUUAAUGAGUCUCUUUAUGGCCACCACUGGCAGAUGGAAAGACUCGUUUAGUCACUCGCUGUUAGAUAAAUAAUGGUUUGAUCUGUAAUAUGCAUUAUGCGCUCUAAUAAAUAACUCUCACUAC